UAAAUUUCAUCAAAAUGGUUCAACUCGUACUACUUCUCUUGGGCCUCGCUCUUUGUGCCUCGGUUGGCCAUGCUCAAAAUGAUCUAAAACCUAAGCCAACCGUGUUCCCAGCGUCUCCAUUUGACGCUCAAGCCGAUGCCGAAUAUCUGCACGAAGCAAUGAAUACCAAUAAAUCGGCCAUCGAACCGAUCCUGUCGCGACGCAGCCUCAAACAAAGACUCCAAAUUGCGGAAAAGUACAAAUUAAGUUUCGAUGAGAACCUGGCAGACGCUGUAAUAAAAUAUGCAAAAAACUGUUUAAUUUGUACCUCGUUCGGGCAAAUGAGCGAGCUUAUGUUUAGUCCUCUUCCCGUGCAGUAUAGCCAUUAUCUAAGUAAAGCCAUGGUUGGUCCGGGGACGACCGAGUCGGUGCUCACCGAGAUACUUUGCGGCAACAAAAACAACAUGAUCAGGAACAUCACCCAGGCGUACGCCGAGAGGUAUGACGGCAAGAGCUUACUGGCCGAUCUAGAGGGCGAGACUUCCGGCGAUCUGAAGAGUCUGUUGGUGCUGUUGAUGCAGGCGAACCGCACCGAGUCGCAUGUGGUGGACGCCCAGGCUGUGACCGAUGACGUGUUAGCGCUGUACAAAAACACCGACAUCAACUGGCGUGAAGACUCCUGCAGGUUGAAUGAGGUGCUGGCGCUGCGCAGCUUCCCGCACGUCCGCAGGGUCUUCCACGAGCUGUCCCGCAAGACCGGAAAGACCAUCACUGAUAUUGUCGAUGAACAAUUCUACUUUAGCAACAAAAAAGGAUACGUCGCGUGCGUGCGCGUGAUUCAAGAACCUGAGGAAUACUUUGCUAAUGUUUUGAACGAUGCAAUCAAGGAUUUGGGUACUAACGAUGAUGCCUUGAUCCGUGUUACCCUGACCAGAUCGGAAAUCGACCUGGAAACCAUCUCGGAAAAGUACGAGCAGAAAUACGGAGACUCGGUCAUUGACGAUAUUAAGGGAGACACCGAUGGUACUUACAGGGACAUGCUGAUUUCCUUUUUCGGCGAGGAUGUUUGACUUCAAAAUUAUUGAGGCCAGAACAUUAAUUUUCAUGAGAUGAUAAAUUACAACGUAUAUUCUGAAUACCUACCAGCGUUGUCGGAGGGGGCGUCGUCAAAUAUAUUUUUAAUUAGAAAUAACUGAAAUAGCACUUACAAAUUAA